AUGGACUCCUGCACUCGCGUGGUUGCCGCAUCGGCGCUUUUCCCCUUCUUUGCCAUCUUGUGGCCGUCCGGCCGUCCUUCUGACGCGCCCGGGGUCGUCGCGUCUGGCUUAUGCCCUUACGCCACUGCAUUCUCGUUCCGGUUCCUCGCCUACCUCGCGCUCUGCUUGCGCCGGCCGAAGGACCUCCGGCGCCGCUACGGUGCCUGGGCCGUCGUCAUCGGCCCGACGUCCGGCAUCGGCCGGUCCGUCGCCCUGGAGCUCGCCAGCCGGGGGCUCAACCUCGUGCUCGUCGACCUCAACGCCGCCAAUCUCAAGGAGAUCUCUCACACCGUCAGAUCUCGCCACGCCGUGCAUACCAAGAACGUGGUGUUCGACCUCUCGCUCGUUUCUACUGCCCAAGGUGACGAGGCGAUGCGGCGGCUCCGAGAGGCCGUGCUCCGCCUGUGCGUGGGAGUGCUGGUGAACAACGCCGGGGUGGCGAAGCCGGGUGCAGUGUACCUGCACGAGGCUGACGUGGAGGCGUGUGUGAGGAUGAUGCGGGUGAACCUGUGGGCGGUGGCGGAGGUGACCGCCGCGGUGCUGCCGGGGAUGGUGGAGCGGGGCAGGGGCGCCGUCGUCAACAUGGGCUCAGCCUCGUCGGAGGCCAUCCCCUCCUUCCCCCUGCACACCAUGUACGCCGCCACCAAAAGGUAUGUUGCUCAGUUCUCCAGGAGCCUUUACGUUGAGUACAGAAGCAAAGGGAUCGAUGUGCAAUGCCAGGCUCCAUUCUACGUGGCGACCAGGAUGGUGUCAAGGCUGGCGGAGACCGGGCGGGCCGGGCGCCUCUCUAUGUUCCUCAUCGCGCCGACGCCCGACGCGUACGCGAGCGCGGCGGUGCGCUGGAUUGGCCACGGCCCGCCCCUCUGCGCUCCCAACCUUGGCCACCAGCUCCUGUGGUGCCUCGCCGCCGUCGUUCCGGACUUCGUCCACGAUUGGCUCCGCAUGCGCGAGCACCUGCAGCACAGAGCGCUGGCUCAGAGACCGCCGAAACGUCGCGCCGGCGUGCCAACAACUCUAAAGUGA